AUGUUUAACGGGGAGCCGGGUCCGGCCUCGGCUGGGACCUCCAGGAACGUGGUGCGGAGUUCCAGCAUCAGCGGCGAAAUCGGAUCCCAGCAAGCUGGGGCCGGGGCUGGGACCACCACCGCCAAGAAGCGGCGCAGCAGCCUGGGCGCCAAGAUGGUGGCCAUCGUGGGUCUGACGCAGUGGAGCAAGAGCACUCUCCAGCUCCCCCAGCCUGAAGGGGCCACCAAGAAGCUGCGCAGCAACAUCCGCCGGAGCACGGAGACGGGCAUCGCCGUGGAGAUGCGCAGCCGGGUCACGCGCCAGGGCAGCCGCGAGUCCACGGACGGCAGCACUAACAGCAACAGCUCGGACGGCACGUUCAUCUUCCCCACCACCCGGCUUGGGGCCGAAAGCCAGUUCAGCGACUUCCUGGAUGGGCUGGGACCAGCCCAGAUUGUGGGGCGACAGACGCUGGCAACGCCACCCAUGGGAGACGUGCACAUCGGCAUCAUGGACCGGAGUGGCCAGCUGGAGGUGGAGGUGAUCGAAGCUCGGGGCCUGACUCCCAAACCAGGCUCCAAAUCCCUUCCAGCCACCUAUGUCAAGGCUUACCUGCUUGAGAAUGGAGCCUGCCUGGCCAAGAAGAAGACCAAGAUGGCCAAAAAGACCUGUGACCCCCUGUACCAGCAGGCUCUGCUCUUUGAUGAGGGGCCCCAGGGCAGGGUGCUGCAGGUGAUCGUCUGGGGCGACUAUGGCCGCAUGGACCACAAGUGCUUCAUGGGCAUGGCCCAGAUCAUGCUGGACGAGCUGGACCUGAGUGCGCCGGUCACCGGCUGGUACAAACUCUUCCCCACCUCCUCCGUGGCAGACUCCACACUCGGCUCCCUCACCAGGCGCCUGUCCCAGUCCUCCCUGGAGAGUGCCACCAGUCCCUCGUGUUCCUAAGGACCUCAGGAAAGGAGGCCGGGAUGGCAGUGGGGGAAGGGGUGCCAACGGGCCCCGCCUCCCCUCCUGUACAUAAUCUCCAUGUCUUUCUGGACCCUAGCCCUGCUGCAUGCCUGUUGGCUCCUGGGCUCGUCCCAGCUGGCAGUGGACACCAUAGUGUGUGUGUCUGUGUGUCUCUGUGUGUGUGUCUGUCUGUGUGUGUGUUUGUGACCAUGUUGUAUCUGUUCAUUUGUCUGGGUACACAGUCGGUCCAGGAGGGUGCCCAGGCUGAAAUCCUUGUCUCUUUGUAUCUUGUUGAAGAGAAACUCAGAAGCGUGUUGGGUGGCCACGACUCACCCUGAGGAGUCUCCUGGGCUGAAGUGCGGGACACGGCCCCUGGUGGAGCCUGCCCGGUUGCGUGCCUGUGCCUCCUCUUGGUGGUCUCUGGUUGGUUUUCUGUCUUGUCUUUUGUCCCACCUUUUG